ACGCUCGUAGUAAAUACACCACGGUAUUGUUCUCAAUUUUGUGUUGAUAUGUUUAUAUGGAAUGUCAACGAUGUACUAAAUUGUUGUACUAAAAAUCUGAACGCCAAGCAAUAUGACAGAAGUGUUCGAAAAAUCAAAGAUGGAAACUACUCCAUAAUGGACAAAUAACAAACUAAAGUUUCGACAAACAUUUUCCCUAACAUAAAUCAAUAUCAAAGCGAAAAGAGUACGGUUUCGGACGAGAUUGUAAAAAUAAACGCCGUUCAAAAUGAUGAUGCCAAGACGAGGUGGCAAACGCAUCCGGAUGGACGAUCCGGUGCCAAUGGAAUACGAGGAAGAUAUGUAUCGUGGUGGAGCUGGGGGCAGCAGUGACCAUUUGAAUGAAAGCUACUCAGACCGUGAUGAUGGCGAAUCACCCGUUAAAGGUGGCCGUAUGACAAGAUUAAGAGCCAGAGGUGGUAUCAGAGAUAGACCGCCAAUUAUUGAUGACGACGAUGAUGAAAUCUAUCAUGCACCUCCACCAACACAAUCAGCCCGCAAACGCAAAGCAGGCGCUGGACGAAAACCAGUCGCUGAAAAAAUCGUGGAAAGAGUCGAAAAACCGGUCGUUGAGAAACCACCCGUUGUUCAUCAUCAUCGUGGUGAUGACCGUGAACGAGAUGUCACCGAAGACGAAAACAGCCUGUACUACAUCAUUAGAAAUUCAAAAUCGGCAAUCGCGAGCAUUGUUGACGAAUGGAUUGAAAGCUAUAAACAAGACCGAGACCAUGCGUUGAUGGUUCUGAUGCAGUUCUUCAUCAAUGCCAGUGGUUGUAAAGGUCGCAUCACACCCGAAAUAUCGUUCAUGGAGCAUACGGUUAUCAUUCGAAAAAUGACAGAGGAAUUCGACGAGGAAAGCGGCGAAUAUCCAUUGAUUAUGCCAGGUCAACAAUGGAAAAAGUUCAAAGUGAACUUUUGUGACUUUGUACAAACGCUUGUCAAACAAUGCCAGUAUUCAAUCAUAUUCGAUCAGUUCUUAAUGGAUCAUUUGAUUUCGUUGCUAACCGGUUUAUCGGAUUCGCAAGUGCGAGCCUUCCGUCACACAGCCACACUGGCCGCCAUGAAACUGAUGACCGCUUUAGUUGAUGUGGCACUUUUGGUAUCGGUUAAUUUUGACAACGCGGCACGUCAGUAUGAGAGCGAACGAUUGAAAACGCGAGAUAAACGGGCCAACGAUCGAUUAGAAUCAUUGUUGACCAAACGCACCGAAUUGGAAGAGAACAUGGAGGAAAUCAAGAAUAUGCUGACGUACAUGUUCAAGUCGGUGUUUGUGCACAGAUAUCGAGACACAUUGCCCGAGAUUCGUGGCAUAUGCAUGAGUGAAAUCGGAGUGUGGAUGAUUAAAUUCCCCGUUAAUUUCUUGGACGAUUCCUACCUCAAAUACAUCGGUUGGACACUUCAUGAUAAGGUUGGUGAUGUUCGUUUGCGAUGCUUGCAAGCCUUAUUGCCACUUUAUGCGUCCGAAGAUCUGAAAGGCAAGUUGGAAUUGUUCACAUCAAAAUUCAAGGAUCGCAUCGUUGCCAUGACACUCGACAAAGAAUUUGAAGUGGCGGUUAUCGCAGUCAAACUUGUCAUCAGCAUUCUCAAAAUUCACCCCGAUAUAUUGACCGACAAAGAUUGUGAAAUCGUCUACGAAUUGGUAUAUUCAUCUCAUCGCGGUGUCGCACAGGCAGCCGCCGAAUUCUUAAACGUUCGACUAUUCCAUUUGGAUGAGGAUUCAAUGGAUGUGGUAAAGACAAAACGUGGCAAGAAACGACUGCCGAACACUCCAUUGAUUCGCGAUUUGGUACAGUUCUUCAUUGAAUCCGAACUGCACGAACACGGUGCAUAUCUGGUAGAUUCGUUCAUUGACAACAAUCCAAUGGUCAAAGAUUGGGAGUGCAUGACGGAUUUACUGAUCGAAGAGCCUGGUCCAAAUGAAGAACAAUUGGACAAUAAGCAAGAAUCGACAUUAAUUGAAAUUAUGGUCAGCGCUGUGCGUCAGUGCUCAACAGGCGAACCUCCAGUCGGUCGUGGAACCAGUCGAAAGAUGACACAAACAUCCAAAGAGGUGAAGCAAGUCCAAGAGGACAAACAAAAGAUGACUGAACAUUUCAUACAGACGCUACCAACCCUGUUGCAACGAUAUGGUGCAGACGCUGAGAAAUUGGCCAACUUGAUGGCUAUCCCACAGUACUUUGAAUUGGUUGUUUACACCAAUUCCAGACAAGAGGCUAAUUUGCAAGCGUUCUUGGAUAAAAUGGGUAGCAUAAUGCUGAUGCAUAACGAUCGUGAUGUAUUGGAAACAUGUUCAAAGACGUUGGAAUUCUUGUGCACAGAAGGAAGUGGUAUUUUCACAAAGUGUGACAUCGCUCGAUCGAACAUCAUCGAUCAAUGUGUGAAUCGGUACAAAGAAGCCAUCGAUGAUUGGCGUAACUUGAUUGCCGGCGAAGAAAUUCCAAAUGAAGAUGAAAUUUUCAACAUUAUCGUGAGCCUGAAAAAAGUGUCCAUUUUAUACUCGUGCCACAAUUUGAAUCCGUGGGGCAUUUUCGAUUCGUUGUACGAAGAUCUUGACGAAUGUCAGUCACGAACAGCAGAAGGCAAAGCUCUUCCGAAUGAAGCACUGGUCUACUGCAUCGAAUCAUGCUACUUUGCGAUCACAUGGGGACUGCACUAUUUGGAAAACACAUGCGAACCGCAGAAUCAAGAAGACGCUUCGGUCAUUUUGCAAAGAAAUCUCUUCAAAUUCAUGAAUGUGUGCACCGAAUUGGUUCGAUCCAGCAAAGUCAUUGAGAUUCAAGAAGCGGCAUUCAAGUCGAUCUGCGAUCUCUUGAUUAUCUUCUCAGAUGUUCUCGGUACGAUCAAUCCAGUGUACAAAAAACUUCACUAUGUUUCGACGGCUGAACAGCAAGCGGUACUGAAUGGUUUUGUUCAGCAAUACGUAUUUGCUACUCAAGAAGAAGAAAGCCACGACGAAACUCGUAUCGAAGAAUUGCACAAGAAGCGAAACUAUUUGGCCGCCUAUUGCAAAUUGGUGGUGUACAAUGUAAUUCCCAUCAAGUCAGCUGCGGAUAUUUUCAAGCAUUAUUUGCGCUGUUACAAUGAGUAUGGUGACAUCAUUAAAGCAACCAUGGGAAAAGCGCGUGAAAUCAACAAAAUCAACUGUGCACUGACAAUGUGCCUAAGUUUAAUCACCACAUACAAAGACAUUCAAAAAGCAAAUGACUCGAUUUAUGUAUCGAAGAGCUCGCAGCCAUUCACAGACCUCAAGGAAUUGGCAAAACGAUUUGCACUCUCAUUCGGUUUGGAUGCAGUGAAAAAUCGUGAAGCAAUCAUCUCGUUGCAUCGAGCCGGUAUUCUGUUUGCAGUGCAAAACAAUAACGAUGCAAUUGACGAUCCAUCAGCACCGCCACCAUGCUUACUAUUCCUCGAAAUUCUCAAUGAAUUCACAAACAAACUCUUGAAACAGGACAAAAAAGUUGUGUUAAAUUUCUUGGAUCGUCGCAUUUCAUCGGGCAUACCAUCGAGUCGAGUAGAGGAUUGGCAACCAUUGCUCAAUUAUCGUAACUCGCUGAUGCACGGAGAAACCGAUCAAGUUCCAGUCACAUCGAAGCGAGCAUACACAAAACGUCGAAAGGAACAAGAUGCCAACGAGGAAGAUGACGAAGAAAAUGAAAAUUCAGAUGUUGAUCCAGACUUACGUGGAUAAACCCAUCACUAGAGUGAAUAACAAAUAGACAAAUCUCGCGCAACUUUCGACAAUUUUUCAAACCAUAAGUUAAAAUAAAUUAAUGUACCUCAUUUCAAUAAAUUCGAAAUAUAAGUAAAUGAACCAA